UUGCAAAACAGGGGCGAAAAGAAGUUUCGGGGAUUAACGGCGAGUCCAGUUUUUGAGUUUUAUUUACAGACAAUGUGAGCGACACUAAAGUGAAAACGACAGCGCCUUUCACAAAUCAAAAAGCGCCUUGUCGGAACUUUAAAUGGGUGUGACUAACUCCAAGUUCGGUUGCAUCGCAGCGCAUACACAAUGGCUGCUCGAAAGAGGAGAAAGCAAACAAUUUUCAGGCCCGCCGCGUCUCGCAAAAAAUAUGAGAAAAAAAUUAUUAAAAAUUCGGAAAAUAGUUGAAAGUGAAGAAAAACUCAACAGAAAGGAUGAUAAAGCGUCCGGGACCCCUGUGUCCAGGCAGUGCUGAACACAUAAAACUGGACAGAAUAAUCACAUCAGUACUAGUCCGGCGCCGUGCAUCGGUCCAUGUAGCUGGUCAGCCUUAGGGUGCCAUGGCCACGGGAACCCAGGGCCACCGUGACCAAGUCCUGGACAAAGCCAAGCUUGCAGUACCUCUGGGGAGGCGCAAGAGAGCAGAAGGCAAGCUGAAGAAGAAUUUCCCUUGUCAGGAGUGUCAGAAGGCUUUCAACAGUCUGGAGAAGUUGAAGGUGCACUCAUACUCUCACACAGGAGAAAGACCCUACCGCUGCUCCCACCCUGAAUGCACCAAGGCUUUCGUCUCCAAAUACAAGCUGCUACGGCAUAUGGCAACUCACUCGCCAGAAAAAAACCACAAGUGUUCAUACUGUGAGAAAAUGUUCCACCGUAAGGAUCACUUAAAGAAUCACCUACAUACUCACGAUCCACACAAGGAGGCAUUCACUUGUCAAGAGUGUGGCAAGAGCUACAACACGAAGCUGGGUUUCAAACGCCACCUUGCCCUCCAUGCUGCCAACAGUGGAGACCUCACCUGCCAAGUGUGCCUGCAGCCAUUCCCCAGCACUGGGGUUCUUCUGGAACACCUCAAAACACAUGCUGGCAAGUCCUCCGGUGGGACCAAGGAGAAAAAACAUCGUUGCGAGCAUUGCGAGCGGCGGUUUUACACCCGUAAAGACGUGCGACGGCACAUGGUAGUGCACACCGGACGCAAAGACUUCCUCUGUCAGUACUGCGCCCAGCGUUUUGGAAGGAAGGACCAUCUGACGCGUCACAUGAAAAAGAGCCACGCUCGGGAACUGCUGAGGGUUAAAACUGAGCCAGGCGAUUCGCUGGAGCCCGUCGUCUACGACUUGGCGUCUGGGAGCGUAAAGGGGGAGCUCCCGGGAAUGCUGACGCCAAGACUGCACCAGCUGAACGUGUACACAGGCCCCGUCCUCGACACCGAGCCCUUCUCCAGUCCCACACAUCCCUUUUCUUUAAAGUACCCACUGGGCUCCAACUUUACCUCAUACGCCGUGUCCUCACAGGAGCGGGAGCAGAAUCUUAAGGGAGACCUGGAGACCUACCUGAUGGAGCUGCAGAGCAGUAUGCCAUCCUCUGCCUCUGAAGCCCAAGAAGCCCAACUCUCCUCCUCCAAACUUGAGUUGGUUCCUGAAGUGGGUGUGCUGGAGGAAGCCAAUGAGGAGAUGUCCCUGUCCAAAAUGUCCACAUCAGUAGCAGCACCUGCAGGUGACUCUUUGGCCUUAUCGUCCUCUCUAAUGGAUUUUUCACAGCUUUUCAACUUCCUGCCGCUCAACGGGCCUCCGUACAAUCAGGUAGGGGGCAGUGGGGGGCAGGGUGUCACUUUUCUACCCAAUGAAGAGCCUGCAUCUCUAGUUCAGCUGCCCUCUCAGGCUGCCACGGGCUCAGAGGCUGCUGAGAGUCCACUUCAGGGGCUCUCCUCCUCCUUCAUAUCCAACCUGAGCACUCCAACCACACUGCCCCGCUUCCACCAAGCUUUUCAGUGACCCCAGUACAUCCGGCACAUGCCACUCACAAACACUGACACACAUGUAGAGCUGCAUGCCCAUAUUAAACGCCAUACAAGAUGCAAGUGACUGAAGAAAUUGGCACAUCUGUCCAUUCAUGAUACCAGCAGACACUAACCUGACAGGAGACACAGCACUGACAGCAGCACACUCGCACCACACAGCCAGGUCAGCUGUCUGAUGAUGAGGGUUUGUUUUGGGCCAAAUGUAAGUUAUUCUCUUUUAGAGUCUUGUUUUUUUUGCCUCGGGCAGUUUAAAAAAGAAAUGAAUAAAAUCCUGAGACUUCAGAUGCAUGCUGGUUACCACGUGAAGCAGCCGUGCUCAGACUCAAACCAUUCUCUCUGUAGCUCAUUAAUAAGCUUGAUGCAAACAUUAAAGGGCUGCUUUGCAUAACAGCAUGAACAGAGCUGACACUGAGAUGAUUCACAUGGAUAAGUGUUACGACUCAGACACUUGAUUGACUUUGUUAUACAUGCGUACAGUUCUUCAUAUAGCACUUUGGAUUUCUGGUCUUCAAAGAUCGUUAUAUGUGAUAAGAUUUAAAGAGCAUCCGUAGUUUUGAGGGUUUCUGUUUAGGAGCCAAAGUAUAACAGGAGGUUUUUGGGAGCCAUGAUGGGUCGUAGAACUGAACUUUUCUUUUUUGACUGUACUCGAGUGAGCAGCCAGGUGCUUUACUGUGUCAUACAUUUGCACUGUCAGUAGUAAGACCAUGUGCUCAGCGUGUGGGAUUGCCCAGUUUCAGCCAUAGGCAGGAUAAAACAUGGACUCCAGGUCUGAAACCUGAAGCCAGUGCAGAAGUGCCUUAAACCUGCAUCUUAAAUGACCAACAGAUGGUGAGAGCUGUGUUUGCAGUAACGUCCUCUGAGCUCUUGAUCUCUGCUCUCUUUCAAAAAACUAGCUUUGUGUUUGGUGAACUUCUGUUUCUAUGAUCUGGCAUCACUGUGUGAUGUUUGUCCUGACAGGUGCCAUAGAAAUAAACUGUAACUGUGUUCUGGUCCUAUAGACGUGGAGACCCUGAAUCUCUGUCACGUGACAUCUGUAAAGACUUCCUGCUGGGUUUUAUAUGCUCAGUUACUCAUUCCAGGUUGCAUUGAAUUAAAAAAUGACAGUAUUGUGUUUAAAAGGAUUAUCUGUGAUAAGCUCAUUGGCUAAAGACGUGUGAUUCACAAGUUGUUAGCCAAUGAACGCGUGGCUUCACUGUCAGACCUGCCCCUCUGUCACAUCGUGUCCACCUUUUAUACUGUCUGUAGUUCCAACUGCUCCUGAGCUUACUAUUGGAAGGUGGGAAGCAUGUGCAGUCUUACUGGAGCACAGUUUGCUCGCAGAGCUCAGACAGGAAGUUGACAGAACAGUACAAACAUGUUGUUGAUGGAUCCAUUAAAGUGGUGGUUCAUUCACACUAUUAUACACAAAGUUACUGAGCAGCAGUAUUACAGUUGUCCACCAAAGUUUCCAUUAACUGUAUCAUUCAGUGUUGCCUGCAGUUCACAGCAGUACCUCCUUCUUCUUUUUAAAGCAAACAUUUCUUUCUCACAGUUUCAGAGUAAAUUAGCCAGUGUGCCUCUGGCUGCUGAAAGCACAUCCAUCAGUUUCUUUGCAUCGUAAGUGUUAUCAGCUGUUCUACUGACACCAAAUUCAUCAUCAGUCAGCUUCACUCAUCACGUCACUGCUACGAAGCUCUGUAGGCGCAUCUAGAAUAACUGGGAAUGAACCCUCAUAACCUGCUCAGUGUUUGGAAGUCGGGCCUGUGGACUUACCAGAGUUUCUGCAUUGGUUACCUGUAAUCUGUGGUCUGAUCACAGUUUCCACACUGACAGUCCAGUAACACCAGAAAGUGUUAUCAGAAAAUGACCAACAGUGACACAGUCCCAUCCACGUGUCGCCCACCCUCUCUGUCAGGGUCUGUGCUGCUGAGUUGGGCUCAAAAACAGACUAUUGAGUGGUAGAAAAAUAGUUUCACAAUUGGUCAUAGUGACAGUGGGACCCCAGUGGAGCUUCCUGGAUGCUGCCGCUGUCCCUUCAGUUGCUACUGUAGUUCCUGUUGUCUUUUGCACAGACUAACCUGACUCUAGGCUGUGAAGUUUAAGUGACCCAUGUUUCCUCGGUAUCUGGUAUCUAAGACCUGAGGAGGCAAAACGGCCCUAAACUGUGAUAAUGUGUCAUAAAGUAUUUUCAGCUGCUUGCUUCUUUCAGGGGCUGCCACAGCAGAUGGACCCACAUGUUUCAUUUGGCACUAAUGUCACACUGCACCCACAUUUAUCUGGGACGGCCACUGUGCAAGGUUGGACCACCAGAGACUGGGUUUCUCCCAGUCUCAAACCAGUUUCAUGUGUAGGUGAACAUGUUAAGCCCUACAACAUGACUGAUUGAUGAUCAUGACAUACAGAGAGAUCAGACCACAUGUUGGGUAUUCAACACAGAAAUGCUGGGAGUUUCAAAUGUUACCAUUGAUGAACCAUCAAACUGCAGGCAUCACUUCUAAUGUUUUUCCCUUUGACUGACGUUCAUAUCUUACGAAUAAUAAGGUCCAAUUCAGUCAUUUAAAAUGUUAACCAAGCAAACAGGCUUUGUGAUCUCUGAACAAAGAGCUAAACACACUGCUGAUACAACUGUGACAUGAAGGCUUUUUGGUUUUUACUGGUUACUUUGUCACAUCCUGGCUGUCGUUCCAUUUUUAAAAAGGCUGUUGAGCAUUUUCUUAAGUUGUGAAGUGUGACUUGAAGGGAACGUUUCAGUGUUGUGCAAACCCAGCAUCAACUACAGCUGACAAAUAGAUCAGUUUGAUGGUCAGACACUAGUCGUACAUUAGUCUCUGCUGACUACAUCUAUGAAGAUCUGAGCACUAAAACAACUUCCCGGGAGACGUAGCUGUGUGACAGUGUGUGAAAAUAACUGAAAUCCUGUUUAUAAGGAAACAUCUUACUGCAGUGCUUAAUUGGUCUUUACAGAUGAAACCACUUCUUUGACAUUUAGUCCUAAAACCUGCCUCUGAGGUGAAAACCUGUGUGCAGCAUGUUAGACUGAAACAGUUCUGCUCCUGUAUGAUCGUUCAAAUGAAAGGAUUCACAGCUCACAGAUCGUCACAGUUCAUCCACACAGUGCUUUUCAUUUAUGUAGAAACCUCAAAUCCUGGACAAAGAAAGUCAAAUUGGUAGAUGUUAAUACAUGGAGUGUUUUUGGAUCUUUAAUUAUAACGAUUUUGAAUGGUUUUUUAUUGAAAUGUGGUUUCUUUAAAUUCUUUGAUCAAAAGGAUGACUUCUCACAGAGCGGGCUGAUGUGGCUGAUGCUCGGUCAGAAGCAGCAGGCAGUGAGUGGGAGCUCCACUCUGCCUCAGCUCCAGGUGCCUAAAUCGGCUGGUUCUCGUGACAUGGUUCAGGAUAGCAUCAGAUCUCAGCUGAACAACAAGUGUUCCGGUCAUAAAAAUCAGACACCGCUGAUGCAUCGUCGUCCAUGUUAGCUGUUGGUUCUCUUGACCUUUGGAGUGAAAGAUGCUUAACCUCCUAGGACCUGCGUCCACAUAUGUGGACAUCACAUUUUGGGUUAUUUAGACCAAAAUACUCAA